AUGUCUCGCUGCGUCCCAGUACUGUCGAGCGCGCGUGGCCCGGCCGAUAUAUCUGCGCAGGUAUGUGCGCACGUGGCGCGCUGCUUCGCCGUGGCCGCGACCUUCCCCGCCUGCCGCGCUGUCUGUGCUGAGAUGCCGCAACUAUGCGUCGAUCUAGUACCACUGCUCAAGAGACCUAACCUGGGCGAGACGGCGUGCGCGGGCGCGGCGUGCGCGGGCGCGCUGGCGGCGGAGGCGGGCUGCCGCGCGCAGCUGGCGCGGGCGGGCGUGCUGCAGGCGCUGCUGCCCGCCGCGCUGCGGUACGACUACACGCUCACAGAGUCCGGGCUCGACACCGACACGCAGCUCAGCAAACAGGAGGUAGCCAAUCAACUAGCGAAGCAGUGCAUAGUAGCGCUAGCGGCGAUGUACGGGCCCCACACUACUGCGUCACCAAUGGACGAGAACAUUGAGAACUCCUUACAUUUGUUACUCACGCCCUAUCUAUGUGGGAGACUCGCGGAACCUGAUCAACAUGAGCUCCUAAAAACCUUAACAUCGAAUUGGCGCACGCCAUACCUAGUUUGGGACAACAGUACUCGCGCAGAACUGAAGGACGUGCUGCGCAAAUCACGCCCUCUGAUGGAGGACGAAGGACCUAUCAUAGAGCCCUUUACAUACUCCGCUCAUGAAGGACUUGUGUCGGUCGGAGGGGUGUACAUAGACAUCUAUAAUGAACAGCCUGACUUCCCUAUUGAGAAUCCACAGCAAUUCAUUCUGGAACUACUGAAGUUCAUUCAGGAAGAGACACAAAACGACAUGACUGGGGACAGAGUGCAACAUGUAACGUAUGCAUUGACUGCACUUGCUAAUGUUAUCAUCAAGAACCCGGGUACGGAGAUCCAAUGCAUCGGUCAGUUCGGCCUGAUCUUCGGGUUACUGUCAGCUCGAGCUCACCCCCAGCUACAGGAAGGAGCCCUCCGAGUAGUGGGCAGCGCCGGGGCGCGGCGCGAGUGUGUGGAGGACGUGGCGGCCAGUGCCGUGCUGGGACAUCUGCUCGCGCUGCUGGCCGAGCGCCCGCCGCGCCCGGCUACAUUGACUGCACUCGCUGCUCUACUCGCUAAUACUGCUAUUGUUAGGGAGGCUCUUAACAAAGGUGCUGUGAUAUACUUGUUAGAUCUGUUCUGCAAUAGUAAGCUGCCUGAGACGAGAGAGGCGGCAGUCGAACUGCUAGCCAGAAUGAUGUCAGACAAAUUACAUGGACCAAAGGUCCGUCUAACAAUAUCUCGUUACAUUCCGGGCGUAUUUGCGGAAGCGAUGCGCGAGUCUAGUGCGUCGAAUGCGGUACACAUGUUCGAUGCUCAGCACGAACACCCUGAGCUCGUGUGGACUGAUGAUACGAGGCGUAGACUUGCUACACACAUCGCGCAGCUGAGAGACAGACACCAAUCAGACCAGCUUCGUUCUCCAAACGCGGCGUUCGAGGACCGGGAAACAUUAGAACGCGCGGCCACCGGCGAGCAAACAUGGGCGCCGCCUGGCGAGGUCGUGGUGGACGGGGUCUAUCUCAAGUUGUAUCUACAGAACCCACACUGGAACCUGCGGAGCCCUAAACGGUUCCUUCAGGAGCUAUUGACUGAAACCAUCGCUGCAGUGAAUAAGGAUUCGUCAGAGGGUAGUCGCGGCGAGACAUGCGCGUUGGCCCUGAGCGCGGCACUACGCGCGCGGCCGGCACUCGGCGAGCUGUGCGCGCAACUGGGGGAGGUGCCGCGACUGGCGCGGCUACUCACGCACGCGCCCAGGCUGGCACUACCCGUACUAGCGGCCCUGGCGCCGACACAGGCAUGUGUAGUGGCGCUAUCCCAGACGGACGUGAUGUCCGGCAUGAAGACCGCAGUGCAGUCGUGCAAGGAGUCGGUGGGCUGUGCGUGUGAGGCCCUCGCACUUAUAUUCUCCAGCAACGCCAAUACUGACCGAUUGGUGUUACAGGCACUGGAAACAGAUCUAAUAGGCGAGCUCCUCUCUCUCCUGGAGACUCGCUUGGACGGCGCGACGGCGGCGCAGUUGGUGCGCGCGCUGAAGGCCAUGUGUCGGUCGGCGCUGCACGGGGAGCGCGUCAAGGCCGUGCUGGCGCGCUCCGCCGUCUGGGACCACUACAGCGCGCAGAGACACGACCUCUUCAUCACUGCCGCGCCGCAGAAUAACUUACUCACUGGCGCUCCUCACACGGCGGGCUACCUGACGGCGCCGCCAUCGAGUAUCCCGGCACAGCCGCCCCCCAUCGACUGA